UAAAACCCGAUUCUUUUUGGACCGCCCCCCCCCCAGUAAUUUGGAGACAAAAUGAAAGGCUGUGAGUCAUAUAUGCAAAACUUCGCUUUAGGGAUAUGAGGCUGUCCUUUGUUUUUUAACUUGUUUACGUCGAAGCGCGAGAGUUGCUGUAAAUACACGCUUUCAUUCACAGUUUCCCACCAGCACGCGGCUAUCUGCUGGUGAAUCGCAGAUGUUUGGGUCAGCUGACUCAGCCAGGUAAGCUGCGGGCGGAUGGAUGAAUGGCUGAGGCUGGAUGGAUGCUGGCUGCUCUCUAGUCUAGUGGGGGAUUCAACGCUUGUCUCGGAUUACACCGCUGCGCUCCAUCCUCCUCCUGCCUCCCUCCAUCGCGGUCCGUCUCCCUCGGCCUGUGAGCGGAUGAAUGCCAAAGCCUGUGAUUUUACCGUCGCCAUAAGGACUCCAUGUCUUUCUUGGACUGUUCCUGCAUCUCCCACACUCAGGUCCAGCCCUUGGACAUAGAGGAGCGCUAUGAGGACAUCAGCCACCAGUUUCUGAGCUGUGACGGUUCUGAAUACACUCUGCAAGGGCCAGCAGGUGGCGAUGACGUCACAGGGCUGUCGCCUGAGCCAGCCCACUACCAGCUGCUGUCUGAGCUGGGGAGGGGCUUCAAUAACCUGAGCCAGGUGAACAUGGCACGCCACAUGCCCACAGGCCAGCUGGUGGCCGUCAAGCAAACCAACCUGGACGAGUGCACCGAGGAGGAGCUGCUGCAGCUCAUGAAUGAGGUUCUGCUGUCCAGGCUGUUCCGUCACCCCAACCUGCUGACCUCUCGCCUGGUUUUCAGCUCCUGCUGCCAGCUGUGGGUCCUCACACCGCUCAUGUCCUAUGGCUCUGCAGACAGCUUACUAAGAACAUAUUUCCCAGAUGGCAUGAGUGAAUCCCUGAUAGCGUACCUGCUGUACGGAGUGCUGAAAGCAUUGGAAUACCUGCACCGAAUGGGCUACGUUCACCGGGGGGUGAAGGCCAGUCAUAUCCUGCUGUCAGGGGAGGGCCACGUCUACCUCUCAGGGCUGCACAGUGUUUACAGUAUGAUGCGUGAAGGGAAGAGGAUGAGGGCGGUGUUUGACAUGCCCCACCACAGCCCCGCCCUGUUGCCCUGGCUCAGCCCUGAACUACUGCGACAGGACCUGCACGGUUAUGGAGUGAAGUCAGAUAUCUACAGUUUAGGUAUUGUGGUGUGUGAGCUGGUCAGCGGCAGGGUGCCUUUCCAGGACAUGCCCCCCACUCAGAUGCUGCUUCAGAAGCUGCGCGGCUCCCACUGCUGCCUGCUGGACGUGGCUCCCUUCCCGCUGGGCGAGCUGGGGGGGCUGAAGGUGUCGCGGUCAGGGGUCGACUCCGGCAUCGGGGAGAGCGUGGCCACAGGAAGCCUGACACACAGCGCCACCGCCCCUCCUACCGACCGACCUCAGAGCCCUGGACCCAAAAACCACUCGGCAACCCUCCACAACCUGGUCCAGCUGUGUCUGCAGCAGCAGCCCGAGCGCAGACCGUCAGCAUCUACACUGUUGACCCACGCCUUCUUCAAGCAGGUGAAGAGGCACACCAGAGACACCUUCCUCAGCCUCAUGUACCCAGCAGUGCCCCUCACCAGCCCUGAGGACACUCCAGUAUCCUGUCCCCCCGCCCCGUCCUGCCACGCUCCGACAUCAACCCCGACCGACACCACUGAGGCCGUGUGGGACUUCUCCUAACCUCAACACCCCGUCCAUACAUCUUCAAAUCCUGACUAGCAAGCCAAACACGAGACAAUCAAAGCGAAGCAAUGAAGCCAAAUUCUACUGUGCUUUUAUUUUGUAUGAUUAACCCGACUCUCUGAGCCUUUUUUAAGUAGUUUUGUAGGUUUUUUUAUAUGUUUGUCUGAUGCGUGUGUGGAGUCAUGGGAAGGUGAUGAGACUGUGAAAGUGCUGGAUCAAAGAUGCUGCUCCGAUCAAAUAUCAUAAUGGACUGUCAACGAGUCACAGAACAAAAGAAAACGAAAAAUCACGCACUUCCUCUGAGAUAAAAGUCAACUGUGAGUUAAAGGAAAAGUCCACCCAGAAAUACUUCUUUGAAAACAGCAAUUUGUACAGGAAACGUUUUUAUGAAGUACUUUAAUUUUUCAAUGGUUAAUGGUCAGUUUUUAGGUGGCUAUUGAACCUGUUCUCCUCUAAAAGCAUUCAAAAAAAGGAGAACCUUGCUAGCUAAAUAUAAAAAAAAGACGUUAAUACACCAAAAUGUUAAAUCUUAAAAAGUACCGAGAAAAUAACCCCUGAAGUGUAUGCAAGGGUGGAUUUUUCCUUUACAGUAUUAUGUUUUCAGACUGUGAAUAGUGAAUACUGAGGUACAUAAAAAGAUAUUUACAGCACAUGUGCAUAUAUAUUCAAAUGUAACAGAAAUGUGAGGCUUGAGCAGAAAUUUCCUUCUCAGUCACGACUCAGUCAAAUCUGAACACACAGACACGAUGCACAUAUUUUUAGAUUCACUGUGAAUUACACUUUUUGCGAGGAUAUCAUAAUCUCUGAUUUCUGUGGUGAACAAGCAUCUAUAAAUCCACAAUAAAUAAAUAUAAAUCUACAUCUAAAAAAAAAAUCUAAAAAUAUAAAUCUACAAUUGCAGCCUGAGAAUCCUGACACUUUUAAUUAUUUUCCAGUAUCUAAGAAAUUCAGUGAUCGGUGCAAUUUGCCAAAACAUAACAAAUAUAGAUGAAAAAAUCAGGUUCAAGCUGUUGUUACGAACAACAUGGCAACAUUAUAUUUGAUUAUACCAAGUUAUGGGAACAAUGGUUCCAGUAUGAAUAUAGUAUUUGAAUCAAAAUUUAACAAAAGACUACACACUCCUUCAAAAUUAAGGUCCCAGUGCCUCAAAAAACUGAUGACUAGAUUUCAAAAAUGUAAAAAAAAAAGUCCACAAUUAAAUCUGUGAAUACAUUUUUGCUGUAUGUCUGAACCUAUAUGCACUUUUUUUACUUUGUAUAGUCAUGUUUGUUGUCACGUUGAGCAAAUACGGUGCAAACUAGGCUCCGAAAAAGCGAGCACAUGAACAAUAGAAUAGAACUUAUUAUAACGUAGAGUGUAUCUAUUGUCCCAUGUAGGAGCUAGAAAAAUCAUCAGUAGAUCGAAACCGUCCCUGCCCUUAUUGUCAGUAAUUCGCCAAAAGAGUAUUUCUACUGUGCGCUGUGACCACUUCUCCAACAAUGCCUUUUUGUUUUAAUGAAACCUGCAUUCUGAACAUGGUGAUUUAUUUGUAACUGUGAUUUAUGUGUACUGUGUAUGAGAACUGUGACCCGCAGUACAUAUCAGACAUGGUAGCUGUACGAGCCUUAUAUUAUACUGUAUAUAUAUACACAUAUUAUAAAUGAUGUAUAUGAAUAUACAAAAGUUGAUUUCUACA